AUGGCUAUUUGUCAAUUUAUAAUGGGUGCUUCUAUUUUAGUUGCUAUAAGUAGACUGAUAUGGGCAUUUUCAAGAGAUAAUGGAUCACCAUUUAGCUUUCGGAUCAAAAAAGUUAAUCAUAAAUUAUCAGUUCCUGUAAAUGCAGUUAUUUUUGGUGCCAUAUCAGCAAUUAUCAUUGGAUUAUUGGUUUUAAUUGGGUCGGUAGCCACAAAUGCUGUAUUUACAUUAUACAUUGCUUGUAAUUAUUUAUGCUGGGCAUGUCCAACAGUGUUUAGUUAACAUUUGGUAGAUCAAAAUUUAGACCAGGGAAAUUUUACUUAGGUAAAAUAUUAUCACCAUUAGUACGAUGGAUUUCAGUUUUAUUUGGAGCUUAUAUUGUUAUCAUUAGUCAAUUUCCAGCUGAGAAAGCAGUUGAUAAAGAUACAAUGAAUUAUACGGUGAUUGUUAGUGGAUUUGCAUGGGUAGCUUCAUUAACUUAUUGCAUGGUCUAUGCAAGAAAGAUUUACCAUAUAGAUGUUGAAGAUGAUUCAGAAAUGGUUAUAGAAGGAGUUGAAGAAUCAUAUAUGGAUAUAGAUUCUAAAUUAUAG